AUGGCUGCAGAGAAGACAGAACAGCUUCCUGUCGGCUCAAAUGCCAAGCCAAAAAGUGCGGGAUUUACUAAUCCGGCUUUUAGGGCGAUGGGAUUACCUGCCAUUCGGUUACCUUCGAGAAAUUGGAUGAUUUUCUGGACUCUACUCACAGUAUCAGUAUCAGGUGUGGCGUAUGAUAAGUACAAACAAAAGCAAAUCAGAAAGAGGUGGUGCGAUCUGGUCGCACCUCUAGCGCAGGAAACUUUCCCAACGUCACUCACUCCGCGGAAAGUAACUGUAUUUGUGGCUCCUCCUCCAAAUGAUUAUCUUGAUACAAGUAUGGUGAUUUGGCGAAGAUUUAUAAAACCUGUCUUAUUCUCGAGUGGUAUCGAUUACGAAGUCUUUACUGAAAGUAGACAAGGACUCAUCAGGUUCGAAGUUGCAGAGCGUAUACGAGAAUUGAGAAGAGAACUUUUGGAUCACGAACAAAACUUGCAAGCCUUGGAAGAAGAGGCAAAAAGAUGGAAUAAACUCAAGAAGCAACUAUCCCAAUUGGUAGGUUGGGGAAAAUCUAUUAGAUCAGACGAAGAAAUUGAUGAAGAAAAGGAGAGGAUCCUUGCAAAGAAAUACAAAGCCGAUUUUGAUUAUAAGGAACUAUUGGGCGUUUUCAUGAGCUCAAAGCUCAGGGAAACCUCACCCUUGAGCGAAGACGCAUUGGUGGUAGAUCCCAAACUUGCAGGAGGAGUUAUUUGUCUUGGUCGCGGAGCUUAUAAGGAGUAUAUUGCUGGACUACAUGAAGGUAUAUUAGGCCCUCUCGAUCCUCCAGUUGCUAUACCUUCUGAAGACUUGUCAACUGCAAGUAAAUCCGAAGGGGAUAAGAUUACAGAGAUUGGGGGAAAAGUGAAUGGCCUGGCUGAUAACGAUAAAGGAGAAAACAGUACCAUUACUCAGUCUCUGGAUAAUCAAUCUUCAGAACCUUCUGCGACGCCAUCAGAAACCAAUGAAUCUCAAGAAAUCUCUCCAAGUGAUACUGAUGAAGAAGACGAUCAAGAAAAGAGCAAACCAAUACCCAAACCGUAUAUUUUUCCUGACGAUUAUUCAAAGGCAAUCAUCCCAUUUGAACUAUCAAAAACUGGCUCAAUAAAAAACCCAAGGACUCAUGUCCCUGCAUUGUUUGAGCAACCAAUUCUUGUUAUUCCUAUUCCACAUUUGAUAGGUUUCACAAACAUCCCCGAACGUAUCUACAGAUUUUAUCGCAGGCGUUACCAGGCUGAAGCUUAUUGCCAAGCCGCUGUCAGCUGUGUAUUGCAAACUAUCAGACCCUUUGAUCCAAAAUUCGAUUUGGAUCUCGGCAAGUCUGAAGAGGAAGACUGGCCCAAGAAAUGGGUUCAAUUGGGGAAAGAAAAAAAGAGCGAAUGGGUUCAAGAGCUUAGAGGAGACGAAAGAAUUUUAAAAAAACUAAAUGUUUUUGAUCAUUCAAAUAUCAGCAAGUUGGAACUAAGCUCCCGGCCCAAUUCUGAAUCAUCUAUCAAAGAAUAA